UCGGUGCUAAUUCGUGCCGGAAAACGAAAACAUUCGGGAGCCAGCCGCUCGUGCGUUGUUUCGGCCGGGCUCAUAAAAAAUUCAGUGUUUUCGGUGGAUGCGAUGAAUAAAUUUUGCAAAUCGAGUCUGUGCGUCGAAAAGGUCUGUGAGAGCUAUGUUUUGAUCGGCCGGCGAGUGGUGGAUGUGCCGGGUUUUUCGGACGCGGUCCGCUUGGUGCUCCUGAUCCUGAUUUGCCUGCGACUGCGGCUGUGCAGGGUAUACCGGCCUCUGCUGGUGCAAGGAUCCUGUCUCUACCAAGACUCUCUGGACGCCUUGGGCUCCUCACUCUGCACGUGUUAAGGUCGAAACAGUGAAACGAACGUUACCCGUGAAGACUUCUUAUAAAGAAGACAUAUACAUAAGUGCCAUUCUAAACCAGAUUACCAUAAGAAGUGAUAAUAGUCUCAUCUAGUGAUAGUGUAACCGUGAUAUAGACUUAGGUUAAGGUGCUAACACCGAUAUUUUUAGUGUUGAACGUGACCAAAAAGAAGCAAAACUGGCUCCGUACAAAGAUAUAAUGAACUCAUCAAGUAUGAGUUCGACAGUGCCCACGAUCAAGUGCGAAGACACUUCGCCGUCGCCGACCGCUGCGCUGGGCGACGGGGACUCCGGGACCUACAACCUGAGCGUGAACGUCAACCUCAGCAGCGCCAUGAUGAACCUCCUGUCCGCCGAGACCGUCAACUCUACCACCCUAAGGACGCCCGAAAUCGUCAACGAUGUAAUCACCAUGACCAAUCCCUUGGACCAGUACAAUUACAACGAUAAAAAUUCCAGUCUCAAGGGUGCAAGCGGCAAUGACUCCAACUCUUCCAUGUCCAACGGUUCUUCAGCCACCUCGCCUGCAUCAGGAACCCCACAAAGCAUACAAAAGACAUGCUCGGACCUCAUACGAGCAGGCUUGAAGAUCUCCAUCGAGUCGAAGCGCAAGAUGUCGGGCAGCGACACCGACGGCGGCUUCAAGCGGCUGAAGAAGGAGGAGAGUGACGACGACUACGACAGCAGUCAUACCCAGACGACCAAAUCUGAUGGGUUGACACCAGAAGACGAAGAGCGUAGGCGGAGGAGAAGAGAACGGAACAAAAUAGCCGCGACCAAAUGCAGGAUGAAGAAGCGGGAACGAACUGUCAACUUGGUGACAGAGAGCGAGGUGCUGGAGAACCAGAAUAUAGACUUGAAGGCGCAGCUAAAGGACUUGGAAGUACAAAGGCGGCAGUUGAUGGACAUGCUAUCAAUGCACAAGGCGUCUUGCAACAAAGAGAACAACUCCACCACACGGCAGUCGCCGCUCACAUCUUACAACUUACCAGGGACGUAUGAGUCGCCGACCACUUACCCAGCCUCUGUCGAGACGUCUCCAUACAUCAGGCCCGAGUCAGCAAACAUCCUCGCUUCCAGCUACACCUGCGGGGUCCCAUUCAACAACGACUCGUCCAUCGACACAGUCUCUUCCUUAGACACCAUCUACAUCCAACCGCAAAUCGUCGAUGUAGACUACAACAGGCCCGACAGCGUCCUCAGUCUUCCUCCCAACUCAGACGCAGGCUACGCCACAACCGACGGCUUCAUUCCCAAAUCUACCAACCUUCUUGUCCCGAUUGACCCGGAUCAAGAGUAUUACGACCCUGAAAUCAACUACAAUCUUCCUUCUCAACAGUGCCAUACCUACCCUGGCACUCUCACCGAUUCACAGAGCAAAAUCAACAAUGGCCUCAACGAUGGAUGCCUUGUCUAGCUGGAAGUCAACAUCCAUUCAUGUUUUGUCGGGUCCAAAAUUUAUUUUUGACAUGUAUACGUAUAUUUUAAGCUUCGGAGUUAAAAUUAAUUCGAAAUAGAGUAUCACCGUUGACAACUUUACUUUUUAUAUCUCAAAAGAAUCGUGGGAAAGCAGUUCAGGAUUUAUAAAUACCUUGGUUAUUGUAUCUACAUUUAAAAUUGAAAUAGAUGUGCCAGAAAGAUGUGAGGCGGGGAAUUUAUUUCGAAACGAAAACGUAUGUCUACUGUGUAGAACAACAACAUAGGUUAAUGUGGUUGGUGCCUGUCCUGUAUCACAUAAAUUAGGUGCUAGUGUUGAAAACUAUUUUCACAAAGUUAAUAGGUAGGUACUGCAUACAAAUUUUAAUGAGCGGGAAACUUCCAACAAUAAUAGUUCCGACAUCAUAUUUUAGUUUAUGUAUUUAUUUCUCGAUAUUUUGUUAAUUUUUAAAUUGUGUUGUGAAAUAAUUUCGAGUCAGUGUCUCGUAGGUAACACUCAACUGUGAAACAGUCCGGUAAGUAGGUAUUUCACAUAAUAUUUUAGUCUUUUAACAUUUAACCUAAAUUACCAGAUUCGUUUUAUGUUUUAAGUUCUAUAAUUUUGCUUUGAUCUGUACAUAUUAUUUAUUUGAGAUCUAAGAUCUGAUUUUUGUUGAUGGUGCAAUGGUUGAUAAUAUUCAAGUUAAGUUUAGUUGAGAUUAAGCAGAAGAAAAUUAUUUUAUUUUAUAAUACGCUAACGUUUUACGUAACGAAUGAAAUGACUUAAUAAUAUUCUAAACAUUUAAAUAAUACAUCACAUAAUAAACUUGCAGUACAAUAAUACAGUACCUCCUGUUGAAAUUCCGAUAAUAUAUUUUAUGUUACAGAAAUAUAUACAGACGAUUUAAUAUGUAUAGAUACAUUAUAUAGUUGUAAGACGCUUUAACUCAUAGUAAGUCGUGAUAUAAUUUAGAAGUUAGUUAUUAUGAUUAUGGCCACAUUACAUAAUUGUUAUAAAUAUGUGUUUAUUUGUAUCAUGAGUACUCAUAUACGGGGACACAUAUUACUUAUUUUAUGAAAGAAAUGUAUAAGAAGUAUAAAUGAUUCUUUGAGCGUAACGUAAUGAGUGAAUAAUAUACGAUUGUUAAAUGAUAAUGUGUAAUUUAUGAAUCGCUUGUAUAAUUUAUGUAUCCCGGUAUAAAUGUAUGUAAAUAUAGAUAUGUAGCGAGUAAAAUAAUGUUUAGAAAUAGAUAUCGAAAACUAACUGUGCGCGCCGAAUGCGAUUUACUUCCAUUACAAAAAGUGCCUCUUUCAUU